AUGAAGCUCUCUCUCGCUGCCGUCUCCUCUUUCGUCGCCGCCUCCGUUGCGGCCUCUCUGCCCGCCGCCUUCACCCUGGUGGCUGACGGUGGCAACACCGUUCUCACCGAUGGCACCAACGCCUAUAUCAGCAAGAACGGCUCUGAUUACCCUGCCCUCGACAUCCUUAUUCUCCACUCCUCCAACAACCAGGUCACCUACACCGCCGAGGACUCUACCCCCACCGGCUGGCAGAACCUCUAUGUCGUCGAGGGCAAGGUCGACCCCAUCGCCCUGACCGUCCCUCACUCCGGUGCCACCCCCGAUGGUGCCAACAUGACCGGCUUCGGCAUGACCGAUGACGGCUACUUCACCUUCAACGGCGUGCAGGCCUUCGUCGUGGACCCGAACGCCGGGGAGCGCCAGGAGAUCUACUACCAGUCGCCUAAUGUCCCCACCCCGUUCACCUCCGCUUUCCUGUGGGUGAAGGAGUGCAAGGGCUGCUAA